UUCCGGUGUUUUGGGUUUGCCGCAAAACAAUUUUUUUUCUUUUUCUUACACAUAGGGAAAUGCUUUAGUACCAAUCAGGUUAAGUGUCAACAAGUAUAUUGAUGAUUAAACAUCAUGAAUGACUUUACAUAACCAAGUAAUAUGAUUGAUGAAAUAAGUAAAUAUGGAAACUGAGGCAACACAUUGUUAUUGUAAAGUAAAGGAUAUUGAUGAAGAGACUCCAAAAUUAACAUGCAUGAAAUGUAGAAGACAGUUCCAUAUAGAUUGUUUGAAGACAGGAAAGCCCUCCUUAUUGGCAGGUGAUGUAUUUUUUCACUUGGUCUGUACUGAAUGCAAUAACAAUGGAGAAGAAGAAGUAGAUAGAUUAAAGAUGCAAUGGUCUCAAGUUGUACUUCUGGCCUUAUAUAACUUACAGUUAUCUGGAGGUGGUGGAAAAUAUGGCUACUUCAGAUGGAAGGAACAUAUAUGUGCCUACAUAGACAAACACUGGACAGUUUUGUUUGGAGGACAAAGAAAGAAAACCUCAUUAUGGCAUGGAACAGUAGCUGGUACCCUGUCAUCUGGUUGUCCUCAAGUAUUUACCUCAGGAGCCAAGGAAUUAGGAGAAAAUGGUUGGUGGAGACUUACAGAGAUGAAACCACCAUAUACCAGUCAUGUUUCCAUACAAACUGCCAGACAGAAUAGAAAGAGAUUAUCUGUAUCUCCUGUUGAUAGUCUAAGUAAAGUGGAGGGACUCAGGAACAGACGAGGCAAAACUUCCAUUGAAGCUGCCAUGGAACUGAAAGCUAAAAGAGAAACUCUAACAGAAGCUAAGGACAUCAGGAGAGCAAAAAGUUUCACAUCACUGAAUACAUCCAGUUCAGAUAAACAGAUAUUUGAGUCUCUCUCUCAGCCGAGUCCUAGUCCUGUACAGAGUAGUAGUCAAGACAAUCUAGUAACCACAUUCAUGCAGUAUAUCAAACAGGAACCUGUAGAUCCAAGCUUUUCAUGGUCUCAUAAUACUAACACCUCAUUGAGUCGAAGUACUCUGUCUUCAGUGGAUAGUUUUUCUCCUGUAAACUCAUCAUUUUGUUCUGUGAAAAGUGAAGUUGAUGAUGACAGUCAGUUCUCUCAUGCGAGCAGCUCUAAAACAGAUUCAUGGUUGACAGAAAAUGAACUUAAACCAGAGUUAAAUAUUCCUUCUUUGUUGAUGUCAGCUGAUAAUACAGACGUGAAUGAUUCUGACAGUGAUUUAGAGAUAGACCCAGGAACCAUAACUCCUCCACCAGGGUCACCUAGACAGUGUGAUUCUCCAAUGUUACAUGACAUUCUGUCCACAGUCUGUGAUAAUGCUGUAGAUACUGAGAUGUUAUUUCAGGCUACUGAAGGAAAAGUUGAAAUCCAACAAGAAAUUCAAGAUAUUGACAUGUGUGUUGUCCAUGAUUCUGCUAGUAUCCAAGGGAAAGGGUUACCAAUGGAAACCAACGAGGAAGUAAAAUCAGUUAAAGAAGAAGAUAAUGAUUCUGUUGUGGAUUCAGAAAGUGAAAGUGAAAACAGUAGUGCUGAUGAAAAUGAAAGUACAGUUCACAGUGAUAGAGGAAAAUCUACAGGCAAAACAAAAAUAGAAAAGGAAAAUAAGACAGAAAACAAGGAAAAUAUACAAGAAGAAAAAUGCACUUUGAUGAGCUUGUAUGAAGAAAGACAACUUUUGAAGAAAUUGAAUGAUGCCUCAAACACAUGUCAGCUCCCUCCUGAAAUAAACAGACUGCGGAGGAAAUUAAUUAUAAGACAGCUGAAGAGAGAAAGAGGUCAACCAAUAUUUGAUAUUGACAUGGAGAUGAACAAAAUGGCAAGGAAAUGUUGGGGAGAUAGCUGGAUACAAGAGGAUGUUAACAGAUUGAAUCCACAUGGUUUACCUACAAACAGAUUUUUACCAGGUGAUAUCAGAAUUCUUGACAGAUUUCAAACUGUUGCCUACAGUUCUAAACUAUUAACACAACAUAAACCGUCUUUUCUGAAUAGAUUAGUGGGUACAGAGGAUGACCAGCUACAGAGUAUCAUUAGUCCAUAUACAGCAAGAAUACUGAAGCCUUUUAUCAGAAGAGAUUAUGAAACCAAAGCAAAAAAGAUGUUAUUAUUAGAAGAGAUCAAAGCCUACCCUCACAGAAAUGAUCCCUCUUGGAUACCUGGGAAACUGCCACCAAUAGAUUAUUGUUAUGUACGUCCACAGCACAUACCAUCAGUAAACACAUUGUGUCGAGAGUUUUUCUGGCCAGGAGUUGAUUUGUCAGAGUGUCUUCAAUAUCCAGAUUUCAGUAUUAUUGCUUUAUUCAGAAAGAUUGUUAUAGGAUUUGCCUUUAUGGUGCCAGAUGUGUCAUAUAAUGAAGCCUACAUAUCCUUUAUCUUCACACAUCCUGAGUGGAGAGGGGCAGGGAUUGCCAAGUUUAUGUUGUAUCAUUUAAUUCAGACAUGUAUGGGUAAAGAUGUCCGACUUCAUGUGUCAGCCACAAACUCUGCCAUGUUACUCUACCAAAAGUUUGGAUUUAAACCAGAAGAGUUCAUACUAGACUUUUAUGACAAAUACUAUCCUGAGGACUCAAAAGAAUGUAGACAUUCAUUUCAUCUACGACUGAGGCGGUAGCAUAUGUCUACUGUUAAUAUCAAGCAUUAUCCUGAAUACUCAAUAGAGAGUAGAUAUUCAUUUCAUCUAAGACUGAGGCAGUAGCAUAUAUUUACUGUAAAAGAAAAGUAUUUUCUUGAUGUCUCUAAAGAACACAGGCAUGCAUUUUAUCUGAGGCUGAGGCGGUAGCAUAUGUUCACUGUUAAUUACAAAUAUUAUCCUGAGGACUCAACAGAACACAGAUAUUCAUUUCAUAUGAGACUGAGGCAGUAGCAUAUGUCUACUGUAGAUAAAAUAUAUUACUCUGAGGAAUCUGAAGAAUGUAACAUACGUCUACUGAAGAUGAAAAAUACCAUCAUGAGGACUCCAAAGAACAUAGACAUUCAUUUCAUCUGUGAAUAACGCAGUAUGCAUAUGUCUUCUGUAAAUAAUAACAGUUAUCCUGAAGUCUCAAACGAGAGUAGACA